AUGAAAAAUGCUGCGUUGGAUACGAUCAACGCUCAUUCGGCAGAUGGAUACUUCAACUUUUGCGUACCGCUCAGCAUGUUGCUAGGAUUUUGUGAAGACUAUAGGCAUAUAGUGUUUAAUGCACAUCACGAAUUGAUUCUCAUACGAUCGCGAAAUGACAACAACUGUCUACAUGGAUCAUUGGCGUUGGAGCCUAAGGUGGAGCUAUUCAAGAUACAGUGGAGAAUGCCUCACGUACUCUCAAACGAUUUCAAUAAACUCACUUUGUUGAGAACCUUGCAGAACGACCGAUACCUGAGCAUGAGUUUUUGCUUGUGGGAUCUGUAUGAAUUUCCUCUGCUACAUAACACGACCAAACACGUGUGGCCUGUCAAAACUGCCACUAAUUUAGAAAAACCGCGAUAUGUUAUUUUUGCACUACAGACUGGUCGAAAGAAUGUCAUGGCGGAAAAUAUAACUCAAUUCGACAACAGCAAUUUGAUCAACGCAAAACUCCAUCUAAAUUCAGAGUGCUAUCCGUACGAUGAUAUGAAUUUGGACUUUGCAAAGAGAAGAUAUGCAAUACUUUACGAUAUGUAUAAACGUUUUCGUACAUCAUACUAUGGAUACAACAGUGCUGAUGUAUGGUUAACAACUCAUGAUUUUCUGCGGCAAGGUUCUUUCGUAGUUUUCGAUUGUUUGCCUCAAAAUGAAUCAAUCAAGAGUGCACUGUGGAUGUGCGAAUAG